AACACACCUGUAGAUCACAGUGUUGUAACUCACUUUUAGUAGUAACUGUUGUGAGAAGAGCAAAGAAGGAGACGUGAUUCAACACACACCCAAACAUCCAGGGAAUGGCUUCGACCUUUAGUCUUCUAUCGGAGAAGCACUUCCUGUGCUCGCUGUGUGAGGAAAUCUUCAGCAGGCCGGUCACAACACCAUGUGGUCACAGCUUCUGUAAAGACUGUCUGCGCAAAUACUGGAGCCGCACCAGUUCGGGCAAAUGUCCUUUCUGCAGAAAGAUCUUCAACUCCAAACCUCACCUCAGCGUGAAUCGUAUCCUGGCAGAUGUUACAGAGCAUUACAGGAAAUCACAGAAAGGUGGAAAAGCGAAAUCUUUCAGUGUGGGCGGACUUUUAAAUGAAACUAUAGAGAAAACUGACACAGAGCUGGAGCACAUGAUCGAAGAGAGGAUUCAGAAAAUGGAUAAACUCAAGCAGUCUCUUAAACUGCUGAAGAGCUCGUGUCUGCGGGAGGUACAGGAGAGUCACAGGGUGUUCUCUGCCCUCCUCAGCUCGGUGGAGGCGGCCCACAAAGCAGUGGUGGCCGAGGUGGAGGAGAAACAGCAAGAGGCUGAGAAACGAGUGGAGCAACUCCAGAAGGAGCUGGAGAAAGAGAUCGCUGAGCUGAAAAGUGGACAGACAACACCAGAGGAUCUUCUGGAUAGCAAGGAGUUUCUUAGAAAGAGUUUCAUUCAUUUACCCAGAGAGAUGAAGGACUGGUCAAAGGUCACUUUAGAGACCGAGCCGUGUGUGGGAUUCACCAGGAAAGCCGUGAGCGAUUUUGUCAACACCGUCAGGACCGAGGCUAACAAACUCUCUAAAGCAGAGCUGAACAAGCUGCAGAUAUACACAGUGGAGCUCACACUGAACUCUCGCACAGCUCACGCCAGCCUCUCCCUCUCAGAUGACAGGAAGCAGGUCAGACACACCAGCAAGCAGCAGGAGGUUUCAGAAAAUCCCAAAAGAUUCGACCGAGUCACAAAUGUGAUGUCUAAGGAAGCUUUUAUCUCAGGUAGACACUACUGGGAAGUGGAAGUAGGAGACAAGACGGACUGGGACCUCGGCGUGGCUAGGAACUCUGUUAACAGAAAAGGGAAAUUUACCGUAAGUCCAUCAAAUGGUUUCUGGACCCUCAGCCUGAGGAGUGGAAAUCAGUACAUGGCCAACACACUGCCACCGACCAGUCUGUCCCUUACCUCCAAACCAAGAAAAGUAGCCAUUUAUCUGGACUACGAGAUGGGACGUGUGUCCUUCUUCUGUCCUGAUUCAGGGAUUCAUAUCUACACGUUUACAGACAAGUUUAAUGAAAGACUCCAUUCAAUUUUUAACCCCGGACGACUGCAUGGAGGCAAAAACGCUGCCCCGCUCAUCAUCACCAACAGCUGCUGCACCAUCUGACCUUGUU